AUGACAAGUGGCAUGCAAAAUGCAAGUAAAAGUUAUGAAUCCAAUUCAAAAUUUAAAUAUAUUUAUUAUAAUGAUGAUGCAGUUUUACAAUUUUUAAUUGAUAAUUAUGGAGAAAAUUCUGAUGAAUUUCAUGCAUUUAAUAAUUUAAUUCCAUUUGCAUAUAAAAUUGAUUUUUGGAGAUUGGCAGUUUUAUAUAAAAUUGGAGGUUAUUAUUCAGAUAUUGAUUCAAUUUUAUUAAAAGAUUUAGAUAAGUGGAUUGAAAAUAAUGCAACAAUGGUAUUACCUGUUGGAUAUGCUUCAUUUGCUUGGUUUGGAUUUGAAUUUGCAUUCAUUGGAAGUAUUCCUCAUCAUCCAUUAUUGAGAAUUGCUAUGGAUAUGAUUAUUUAUAAUGUGAAAAAUAAGUAUAUUCCAGAAGUUCCUAGAAAAUUACAUGAACUUGAUUUAUUUCUUAAAUUUGUUACAAUUUCAGGACCUGUUCUUAUGGGAAAAGCUUUUAAUAGAUAUAUGAAUGAACCUGAUGAAGCUCCUCAUAAUAUUGUAAAGGGAAGAAGAGAAGGUUUUCAAUUUCUUGGAUUUUGUGAUAAUGGUAUAAAAUAUUUUACAACAAUUCCACAUCAGAGAGAUUAUAGAGAAUGUAGAGGUGAAAUUGUCAUACAAUUCAGAUAUGAGGAAUAUCGUCAAGAGAGGAGGAAAUCUUAUAAACCAUAUUGGGCAAGUUUUAAGGAAGGUAACAUUUUUAAAACUUAG